GUCUGGGAUUUGAUGAUAGCUGUUUCUGGGAUUUGAUUCUAUCUGACCUGAGGGACUCCUUGGGUUUCUACUCGUCAUUUUUGCCAGAGCUGCCCGAGAGCCGCACUAUCAUACGCCAACCACGCAAAAUUCCCACUUUCAAAGGACGGCUAAACCACCAUCCCACCUUCGCCCAGACCGCCUAGGUAGAUCCUCGAAAACGCGCCCAACCAAUUCAUGUCGAGCGUCGAGAGUGGCUUCUAGCCCAUUGUCUAGAGCUGCGCAAGGCUGACGCGUGGCCAGAGGCGCAACCCCCCAAACACCGUCACCAUGAGUCGAACGCUGCCUGUCCGGCAGGCCGAGGAGCUACACAAGUCCAUCAUUGCGUAUCUCUCGGCCAACAACCUCCAGAAUACCGCCUCGGUGCUCAGGGAGGAGCUGAGCCUCGGCGAAGACGUGUUCGAUGCGGCGACGACGAAGAAGUAUGAGACUCUGCUAGAGAAGAAGUGGACGAGUAUUGUCCGGCUACAGAAAAAGAUUAUGGACCUCGAGACUCGAAACGCCGAGCUGCAGUCAGAGGUUGACAACGCGACCCCGUCGUCGCUCGCACAGAAGAAUAAGGACCCGGUAUCCUGGCUCCCGAAAGCCCCCUCACGGCAUACCCUCGAAUCACACCGGGCGUCCGUCACCUGCGUCGCCUUCCACCCGAGAUUUACGUCCCUGGCCUCGGGCUCUGAGGACUGCACGAUAAAGGUAUGGGAUUGGGAACUUGGCGACCUGGAGCAGACUAUCAAAGGACACACAAGGCCGGUACUGGAUCUCGAUUACGGCGGACCAAAGACUGGCAUCCUUCUAGCUUCAUGCAGUUCUGACACAACGAUUAAACUAUGGGACCCGGCAGAUGGGUAUAAAAAUAUCCGUACGCUCUCCGGCCACGAACACAGCGUCAGCGCGGUGCGAUUUAUUCCUUCUGGAGGCACCGGAUUCUUCUCCUCCGGAAACAUGCUGGUCAGCGGAUGCGGCGACAAGACACUCAAGAUAUGGGACGCCAACACAGGAUACUGCGUCAAAACGCUGAACGGCCACGCGGGCUGGGUGCGAGACGUCUGCCCGUCCCUCGACGGAAACUACCUCCUAUCUACGGGCGGCGAUCACACCGGAAGAUUGUGGGAGCUCACAGUCGCGAACCCGGAAACAAAGGUCACUUUAAUAGGCCACGAGCACGUCGUCGGCUGCUGCGCUUUCGCCCCUCCCGCCGCAUAUGAGCACCUGGCUGCUCUGGCGGGCCUCAAGAAGCCUCCGCCUGUGACCAGCACAGCAGAGUUCAUGGCGACCGGAUCGCGCGACAAGACGAUCAAGCUAUGGGACGCCAGAGGUAACUGCAUCAAGACCCUCGUCGGCCACGACAACUGGGUCUCGGGCGUCAUGUUCCACCCGGGAGGCAAGUACCUGCUCUCCGUGGCAGACGACAAAUCGCUGCGAUGCUGGGACCUGAGCCAAGACGGCAAAUGCGUAAGGACGCUGUCAAGCGCCCACGAGCACUUUAUAUCUUCCCUGAGGUGGGCUCCGGCCAAGCCCAAAGAUGGCCCCAAUGGCAACGGCACAGCGCACAAUGAAAGUGAGGCCGCGCCCAGGAGGGCGGCCGCAGCAGUAGAUGUAUCAGAGAUCCGCUGUGUUAUUGCGACGGGUAGUGUUGACAUGACAGUCAAGAUAUGGGCGAACUGAGGAGAUGGAAAGGAAAAGGGAAAGAGGCCAUAUAAAGGGGGUAGCCCAAAAGUAACAAGCCCAUCGUGUCAUCAAAAUGCGACGGAAAGCUCUAAAUCACGUCAUCGAAUACACAACGCACACACAAACAAACAAACAAACACAAAUACGCACAAAGGGGUAGGGAGGUAGAGCGGAAGGGAGCGGACGCUGAAAAACCGCACCCAAUACGGAGUACUGUGUUAUAUAAUUGAUGAAGUUGGCUAGCUGAGCGUGAGACUGGUUUUUAUUUAUUUAUUUAUUUUUUGAGAUGAGUGGGGAUAGAAGAAGAAGAAGAGAGAGGGAGUUGAAAGGAAGUGGAAGAAGGGGAGAGAGUCCAUACAUAGGAGUGAGAGGAGGGAAGCUAAAGGAAAUUUACCAAAGUUCAUUGCAAGCUUGUACCAUUUCAAAUAAUCCGUUAUAACACCGCCUUUUUCUUUCUUCCCCUGUUGCCGUCUUAGC